AUGAUUAAACAACAGCAACCACAACAACUUAAGGCACAGACCAUUACAUACGCCAUAUAUGCAUAUAAUUCAAAGACGGCAGAACAAACGCAAAGGUUGAAAUAUGGAGAUUUGGAGAUAGUAUUGAAAAAUGACCAUUUCGAAUUCGUUUGCAAAGGUGGUGCGGUGAUAUCAAAUAUAAAAGAAAUUUUAUUUAUGAAUUCAAAAAUUAAAGGUAUAACGGAUGAUAUAACAUCAAUUCCACCAGAAGAACAAAGAUAUUACGCAUUAAAUGCAUUUCCUAAAGUUUUGAAGAUUGGAAGAUUUAAUUUAAAUGAGGAAUUCAUAGAAGGUUUCCUAAAUGACAUAAUGAAGAAAGCAGAUAAGGAAUAUGUGGAUAGUGAGUUAAUGAAGAAAGCAGAUAAGAACCAUACACAUACAAGUUUUACAACUGUUGCUAUAGAAAGUAUUGAAGGAACGGUUGAAGAAACUGGUGGGGAUGCAUUAUAUUGUAAACCUCCUAACUUUCCACAAGGUUUAACAUCGGAUGACGACAUAACGACGAUGAGAAACAUUAGAUGUAAAGAUGUUUAUGUCAUGAAGGAUGAACAUAAUAUUAAAUUCACUGCUCAAGAUUUAUAUGACAAGAAAGCAGACAAAACAGAGCUUCAAACAUUAAAGACAGAAAUACUUCAAACAUUAAAGACAGAAAUACUUCAAACAUUAAAGACAGAAAUACUUCAAACAUUAUAUCCUAUAGGCUCUAUUUAUACGUCAAUGAACUCUACCAGACCAGAAGUAGUACUCGGUUUUGGAACUUGGACUCAAAUAGUCGGCAGGUUUUUGUAUUGUGCAAACUCUUCAAAGGAAACAGGUGGAAGUAAAACGAUUUCAGGUGAAAAUUUACCUGCACAUAGUCACUACAUAGAUUUAAGUACAUCUCAAGCAGGUUGGCAUAAGCAUAGAUAUUGGGAUUGGUCAGCAAUGACAAAAGGUAAAGGAUAUGAUGUUAAAGACAACGUUAAGUUUGCUAUAAAUUGUUACUGGAGUAACACUGAGGGAGGAGGAAACCAUACACAUCGCGUUUCGGGAUAUACGCAAACAACGGGACAAAGUAAAGACUACAUGCCACCUUACAUGACAGUUUACGCAUGGUACCGUGUUUAUUGA